AUGUCUCGACAGCAUUGCAUUUCUAUCCGCAUUGUUAAUAUCGAUCACUACUUGGCUGAGCCUGGUCCCUUCGAUCGUCGUUUCACACCUUACAGCGAGACACCAUUGGACAAGGUGCCGGUGAUUCGAAUAUUUGGAUCGACGCCUUCUGGACAAAAGACAUGCUUGCACAUUCACCAGGCGUAUCCUUAUUUCUAUGUGCCUUACAAGACGUCGUCCAUAGAUCCCGAAGAUAUCCAACGAGACAUUUAUCAGUUUGGCGCAGCACUCAAUCAAGCCAUUGCACUCUCCAAGACGACAGCUAAAAAGGAUGCGAGCGAUCAGCAGUAUAUUGCAGCAAUCACUUUGGUCAAAGGUGUACCCUUCUAUGGAUUCCAUACAGGCUAUCAAAUGUUCCUCAAGAUCCAUCUCCUUAAUCCAUCAGACAAGCAACGCAUGCUGGAUCUCUUACAAAGUGGUGCUAUCCGCGAGACUAUCUUUCAACCACAUGAGGCGCAUAUAUCAUUCGAAUUGCAAUUUAUGAUGGAUUACAACCUUUUUGGCAUGGAUUGGAUUCAUAUCGACUCAAUUCAAGACAACGAUCCACAGCUUAGUCUACGUUUUCGGCAACCAUUGAUGGAUGAGCCCAAGACACAUGUCAUUUUGAGCCAACAUAGCAGCAAUGAAGAGAGGGGGGAUGUACAAUACUAUACAGCAAGGAGCAUACCAGCCGAACUACAAUGGGCAGAGGUACCACGUUCAAGCUAUUGCGAAUUGGAGGCCGACACGACUGCCAUGACGAUAGCCAAUCGCUUGGAAGUGAAGCAACGCAAUAUCCAUGACAACGAGCAUACUGGAAGUGUUUUGCAUGAGCGUCCUUUUGACCCAUCAGAAAAGUUGAUCCCUUCACUUGCUUGUAUCUGGACGGAUGAGGAGAAAAGGCGACAAUCCAAAGGCGAGAAUAUGCCAUCAUUUGCUUCUCAAUCAUCGGAUCAACGUGUGCCUGAUAUCAAGUGGGAUAUGGAACAUCGAUGGCGUCGUAUGCUGGAUCGCUAUAUUGCAUCGGAUCAAACAGUACCGGCAAUCAACAAUGAUAUUGCCCUUGCAUGUCCUGAAGUACAAGCCCCUUCUUCAAUGGCAGUAGACAUGUCCCAUAUACCUUCAGCAUUCGAAGCAGUCGAAGCAUUAUACCCAGAUUCCUAUUUCAGACAUGGCAAUAUCCUUCCUCAGUCUCUUUUUCGCCAACGCACUAGUAGCGAUGAACACCUCUUUUCUGAUUUUGGAUCUCCUUUCAAUAUACCCACUACCACCACCCGCAAUCAACAAGAAAUGCUUUUGCAAGCUCAGCACAGCGUUGACGAGGACAAGAUUCGAUCGUUAUUGGAAUCUCAAUCUUUUCAUGAUGAUGGUGAAGGAGGAGGAGGAAUGGAUGAUGAUGAUUUAUUGGCAAUGUUGGAUGAAUUUGAAAACCGUGAGGAUAUGGAUGAUGCACAACAAAUGGAAAAUGAUUUCCUCGAGGAACCAGAUGCUGCUGGAAGUAGCACCGACCGAUUAUUCAGACCAAGGAAGUUGGAUUUCAGUAUUCAUGCAGCCCAAACGACUGAAGAGGACGAAGAUGAUCAUCAGCUCAUGGUCAGCGAUAUUCCUCCGUCACCUCCACUACGACACAAGCGUAAUCGCCUCUAUUUGCCGCAAUUUGAUGGUGCAGGGGAUAGUGAUGAUACAGAGAGCAACGACAACGACACCAAUUUUGAAAAAGCAUGGAGCAAGGUCAAACAUCGGAUCAAGAACAGCAAACGAUCAUGGGAUUUUGUGAACGAGCCGAUUGUGGAAAUCAAACACGACGCCGCACUGCUUAAUUUCAUUGCAUCAAAGAGUCAAGAAUCGAUACCCUCCUCCUGCUCCCCUCCAAGGGCAUCGCAUCAUAGCACAUCAUCAUCAUCAUCAUCGAAGACAAGGACAACAUGCUCUCCAUCACGUGAUAUGAAGCGACAAAAGAUUGACGAUCUUCGAGAAGAGUAUGUAUUUGCUCCUCCUCCUCCAGUGGUGACAACAGAACGUGUGCAAUAUCAAGAGCCUUAUUACAGCAAUCCAGCUGAUGUACCCAACAAGCCCAAAGUAUUCUCUGGGAAGGAAUUUCGGCUAAAGUCCAAGAGUCUUUGUGAUCUCAAACCAGUGCAAGGGCGAUUCUCACAUGAUCACAGCAUGGCAAAGUCAUCAACGCAUAUCAAGUUUUGGGAACCAUUGGAUCCUCCACCCACAUUCCAACAAGUCAAGCAUUGGUUACAAGAUAAAAGCAGUCAUUGUAAGGAAGACGACACAAGACCCAAGAAUAUUGAGCAAUCUCAGCUCGAUGGACCUAGUAAGCUGAAUUCCUUUGACUUUCAAUUCAGCUUGACCAAGCCCAAAGGAAAGGUGUCAUCAACACGCAAUUAUUUGGACCUGCUGAGUCUUGAAGUUCAUGUCAACACACGUGAUGAUAAGCUUCCCGAUCCGGCACAUGAUCCAAUACAAGUCAUCUUUUGGUGUUUGCAGACUGAAGAUGUCAAUAUUGCAUCGAAUGGCUUUCAAGAGGGGUAUCACGUUGGGAUCAUAGCUGUUGGAGACAAAGUCAAAGUGUCAAAAAUUGGUUUAUAUGAUAUCGAUACGACCUAUGUUGAAAACGAGUAUGAGCUUCUUUUGACAUUGAUCGACAAGGUGCGACUUUAUGAUCCGGAUUUUCUCGUUGGAUAUGAGCUCAACAACUCUUCAUGGGGAUAUGUGAUUGAGCGUGCUGCACAAUUGAAAAUCAAUCUUAUUGAUGAGCUUGCCCGUAUUCUUGCAUCAUCUGAUACCUUGCAACGUGAUCAUUGGGGUUACCGAAAGGCUUCCGUGUUUCGUACCAGUGGCAGGCACAUGGUCAAUGUAUGGCGUAUUAUGCGUGGCGAGCUCAACUUGACAAGCUACACCUUUGAAAACAUCGCCUAUCAGCUCUUGCAUUGUAGAGUACCCCACUUUUCGCAUCGUACAUUGACGACAUGGUACAAGGCUGGUGCUCCUGUUCUCAAGCAUCGUCUCUUUCGCUAUUACCUGGAUCGGGUGCAAAUGAAUCUGGACAUGCUCGACGUAUCAGAAUGCAUAAAUCGGACAUCCGAAUCUGCACGUGUAUUUGGCAUUGAUUUUUAUUCUGUAAUUACGCGUGGCUCCCAGUUCAAGGUGGAAUCAAUGAUGUUUCGACUUGCCAAGCCAGAGAAUUUUAUAUUGGUCACGCCAAGUAGGAAGCAGGUGGGACAACAACGAGCAGCCGAAUGCCUUCCUUUGAUCAUGGAACCGGAAACAAAAUAUUACAACAGCCCAUUGCUUGUACUCGACUUUCAAUCUUUGUAUCCAUCAGUCAUGAUUGCCUAUAAUUACUGCUUUUCUACUUGCCUUGGUAAAGUGCGUGCUCCAGAUGAUCCGCCCAGAUUUGGUGUCAGCGAGUUGGACGUUCCUCCCGAGAUCCUUGAUCAAUUGAAAGAUGAAAUCAAUAUUUCUCCUAAUGGUAUUAUGUUUGUCAAGCCGUCAGUGCGCAAAAGUCUACUUGCCAAGAUGUUACAAGAGAUUUUGGAUACUCGAGUUAUGGUGAAGGCAUCAAUGAAGGAAUAUAAAGAUGACAAGGGAUUGCAACGCCUUUUGGAUGCAAGACAGCUUACCUUAAAGUACAUCGCCAACGUCACCUAUGGAUACACGGCUGCCACCUUCUCUGGCAGGAUGCCAGCUGUCGAGAUUGCGGAUAGUAUUGUCCAAACAGGUCGUGAGACCCUUGAAAAGACAAUUGCCACCAUCACACAAUCCGAAAAGUGGGAUGCUCGAGUCGUCUAUGGUGAUACAGAUAGUGUGUUUGUCUACUUGCCAGGCCGUACUCGGGAAGAAGCCUUUGUAAUUGGGAACGAGAUUGCAGAUACCAUCACCUCCAUGAACCCAGCACCUAUACGUCUAAAGUUUGAAAAGGUGUAUCAUCCAUGUGUACUUGUUGCAAAGAAGCGCUACGUUGGGUUCAAGUUUGAGCAUCCCGAUCAAGAAGAACCAGAGUUUGAAGCAAAGGGAAUUGAGACUGUGAGACGUGAUGGGACACCUGCAACACAAAAGAUUUUGGAAUCUGGUCUCAAGAUCCUAUUUCGUACUCAAGACAUGUCCGAAUUGAAGGAUUACUUGAAAAGACAAUGGACCAAGAUUCUAUCCAAUCGUGUUCCUUUACAGGAUUUCAUCAUUGCCAAGGAGGUCAAGCUAGGAUCAUAUACUGAACAAGGGAAACCAAAUGGUGCUCGUGUGGCAGAGGCACAAAUGGCUUUAGACCCAAGAGCUGCACCUCAAUAUGGAGAACGUGUACCGUAUGUUGUAGUACACAAAGGCCCUAAUGCUCGACUACGGGACAAGGUCGUUCGCCCUGAAGAGAUUAUAUCUGACAACUCAUUGAUGCUUGACGGCGAGUAUUACAUACGCAAGCAAAUUAUACCCCCAUUGGCGAGAAUCUUUAAUCUUGUUGGUGUUGACAUUGCAGCAUGGUAUGAUGAGAUGCCAAAGCAACAAAAGGUAUCAGCUAUUGCCUCCUCUCAUUAUGCCCAGCAUGAAGCACAGACCGCACGACGCAUCGAUCAAUAUUAUGCAAGCAGCCAUUGUGUCGUAUGUCGACGACUAACAAGGAAUGCCAUUUGCGAUGCAUGUCAAGCCAAAUAUGCCAAUACAGUGUACAUCCUCCGUUCACGGCAAGCCGAAUCCCAAACUCGCAUUGCAGAUAUUCUCAAAGUGUGUGAUACAUGUUCGCAAGUUUCAUCUACCAUCAAUGCACCCACUGAUGAUCGUGCUGCCAUUGGAAACACUGGAUUUGCCGACCAUCCCUGCGACUCACUGGAUUGCCCUGUGUUUUACGAACGUGUCAAGGCCAAAAAUGAUAUUCGAGCCACCACCACAUAUGAUGAGUUAUUAGACAAAUAG